CAGCAACUUCACCCACAGCUACCAUGACUUUGAUCCCCAUCUUCAUCUGGACACUGCUCCUCUGGACUCAAGAGUGCAGAGGUCAAGUCACAGUAACUCAGACUCCUGCAGUGAAAUCUGCUCUUCCAGGAGAAACAGUCACCAUCAACUGUAGAACCAGUCAGGCAGUGUCUAACCGGGACCGGUUUCACUGGUAUCAGCAGAAACCUGGAGAAGCUCCUAAACUUCUCAUGAAAUAUGUAAAUCAGCUACAGUCAGGUUUUCCAGCUCGUUUCAGUGGCAGUGGAUCUGGAUCUGAUUUCACUCUGACCAUCAGUGGAGUCCAGACUGAAGAUGCAGCAGAUUACUACUGUCUGAGUUACCAUGACAUCUCUGGCUACUGGUUCACACAGUGUUAUAGAGUCGUACAAAAACCUCCCUCACCUAUUUCUGCUGCUACAGCAACUUCACCCACAGCUACCAUGACUUUAAUCCCCGUCUUCAUCUGGACAAUGAUCCUCUGGACUCAAGAAUGCAGAGGUCAAGCCACAGUAACUCAGACUCCUGUAGUGAAAUCUGCUCUUCCAGAAGAAACAGUCACCAUCAACUGUAGAACCAGUCAGGCAGUGACAAAUAACAACUACUUAUACUGGUAUCAGCAGAAACCUGGAGAAGCUCCUAAACUUCUGAUUAAACUUGUAAAUCAGCUGCAGUCAGGUUUUCCAGCUCGUUUCAGUGGCAGUGGAUCUGGAUCUGAUUUCACUCUGACCAUCAGUGGAGUCCAGACUGAAGAUGCAGCAGAUUACUACUGUCAGAGUCGACACGAGAUCACUGGCUACUGGUUCACACAGUGUUAUAGAGUCGUACAAAAACCUCAGUCAGAUUGUUGAGACUUCACUGCUGCAGCUGGGAGCGACUGCAGGUGCUGAGUUGGAGGAUGUGAUACGACACAAUGAUUUUUUAUUACAAAACACACAGAAGAAAUAUUUGAGAUCAGUUUUGUUUUCAGCUCAGGAAUUUGUACAGUACAGUGAUCACAGUUUUAUAUAUGAUGGUACAAGUACUAAAUUUCACAUCUGUUGGUUCUUGGUUUUAGGAGAAAAUGACCAUGACUGGACAGGACAUUUGUAGUCAUUUUCAUUUUCAUCUGUUUCGAACAUAUUAAAAAAAAAAGUUGCUGCUGUUUACCAAGGCAAGGCAAGGCAAGGCAAGGCAAGUUUAUUUGUAUAGCACAUUUCAUACACAAUGGUAAUUCAAAGUGCUUUACAUAAAAGAAAAGAAAAUAAUCCUACAAUUAAAUAGAAAAUAAUAGCAAUAAAACUUUUUAAAGAAAACUUUUAAAUUUGAUUUUAAAUAAAAACAGUUUGCAAUAAAACUUUAACCUAAUUAAAAUUUAAUUUAAAUAAAACAGUUUAAAAUAUCAGGAAAACAUACAGGAAGCCAGUGUAAGAACCUGAGGACCGGUGUGAUGUGCUUAGAUUUUCUGGUUCUAGUCAGAAUCCUGGCAGCAGCGUUCUGGAUGAGCUGCACCUGUCUAACAGUCUUCUUGGGAAGGCCGGUGAGAAGACCAUUACAAUAAUCCACCCUGCUGGUGACAAAGGCAUGGACAAGUUUCUCCAAGUCUUGAUUGGAAACAAAACAUCUAAUUUUUGCAAUGUUUUUGAGAUGAUAGUAUGCUGAUUUAGUUAGUCUCCAGAAUCACCCCAAGAUUCUUCAAGUUCAAGUUCAAGUAGGAUUUAUUGUCACUUCAACCAUUUACAGUUAGUAAACAGUGAAAUGAAACAACGUUCCUCCAGGACCAACUUGACCAACAGGACCAACAUUCCUCUAGGACUUAACUUGAUUUUUAGUUAUCUGAUCCUUACAGUAAAGGUAUUCAUUUACCUUUAGUGCUUUAUCUUUGUUUCCAAAUGCAAUGACUUCAGUUUUCUCCUUGUUUAAUUAAAGAAAAUUCUGGCACAUCCAACUAUCAAUUUCAUUAAUGCAUUGGCUGAGGGAGUCUAUGGGGCUAUAAUUAUUUGGAGAUAAAGAUAAUUAAAGCUGGGUAUCAUCAGCAUAGCUGUGAUAGGCAAUUUGGUUCUUUCUUAUUAUCUGACUUAGUGGGAGCAUAUACAG